CAAAAAAUGGCGGGCUGUAGUUGGGUCAUUUGCCUGAAAUAGAUCUAUGAUUUCAAAGUGUUUUUCAUUCAAAAACAUAUAGGAAUUCUUGAGGAUAAUUAACAGGAGAAGCAUCAGUCGAAAUACGGACCAUCCAAAGUUUCCUGAGCGCUAACAGAAUAUGGCGGAAGUUUUUUUGUCUUUGUCUGAUGCUCUCCCGAUGACGAAAGCGAAAGUUUUUUGAUGGCUUCGUCGACGCUGUUUCGUGGUCGACGCAUCGUAGAUCCCGUCCCGGUUCAGCGUGGCCCUUUACCGAGAGAUGGAAAGUACCACACUUCUUUCUCAGACCUGGCAGCAGCAUGGGAAAACGUCGGGGAAGUGAAGUCUGCGCUCCAAGCUGCUGAAGCAAGGAUAAAUGAAGCAAAUGCAGGUCUUGGUUCUGGAGUGGAGGAUAAUGAUGAACCCUUACAAGAAAUAUUCUCUGAGACACAGAGAUAUGGACGGGUGUCCAGAUAUGAACUGCGACCAGGUCGAUAUGGACAAGGUGCACGAUCUGCAAAUGUUUUGGGAGAAGAUCGUGCUAACUCACCUGUGAGAAGAUCAUCCGAGUUUUCAUUGAAUGGGAACAAACAGGAGUCUACAAUCAGAGCACCUGCACCCACCUCUUUGUUAUCUCCUCCAUCAAGGGAUAGUCUCUCUACUGAGCUCCGAAGCAGUACCACCCCAAGAAAUCCACCUGCUAUCUUUCCUACAUACCCAGCUGUAACUGAGGGUCUGGAUCCUGUUUUGACAACAGCUUACUCAUCAAUCUAUAGGACAAAUGAGCAACCAAGUCGUAGAUCGCCGGUCAGAUUUCAAGGUCUUUCAACCAUCCCUUCUUCUUCUAGCUUUGAUGACUCAUUGGAAGUUAGCAGUACAGCUAGAACAUCCAUGAGUGAAACUCGUCCAACAUCCUCGCUUGGGCUCAGACCUGUAAUAGCUAAUAAUUCCGAUGCACUUGCAAGGUUGAAAGAAAGAAUUAAACUACAGAAAGAACAAGCCUUCAGGCUUGGUCCAACUGAUUCUGUCACAGGGAUGAGCUCUGCAAAUCCUUCUCCCCGUAGCACAGAGGACUUGUCUGUGGAGGUUGCAGUAGAGGAACCAUGUAGAAGUGAUUUGGAUGUUCCAGUAAGACCUGCAAUUUCCAAGAGAAAAGUAGCCUCUGCCCCCGCAGCACCUGCCUAUAAAGGUUUCAGUGAGGUAGAAUCAAAACCAACAGUGUUAUCUGAAGUUAACAGAAAGGUCAAAACAAAGAGCUCUACAGUUGACAAUACAAGAACUGGCAACCAAAGGCCUCAAAAGCCAUUGCAACAAAAAGGACCUCCCAAGGUACAACGAGUUAUUGCUCCUCGCCGCCCAACAGACACUAUAACAACAUCAUCAUGGCGCACUGGCCAACAAACUGUUAAAAGGAUAUUGGGUCCAGCAACCAAGAAGGCAAAAACGUCUGCCAUCAGUCGACCCCACUCAAGCAGUAGCCAGGAUACAGACAUAUCAGAACCCAAGAGUCUCAAUUUUCAGUGGAAAAAUGAUGCUGGCAAUAAAAGGGCAGGUGGUUACAUGAAUGGGGAUUCACGGGAAGGGAAUGGAAGUGAAAAAAGUGAUAUUUCCAGAGGAGCAUCUCCAGUUGGUGAAGAACAAGUGAUGAAUGGAGGGAAGAAGGACUCAGAUUCUGAACUGUCCCUAAAUUCUUCAGUUGCUUCCAUGGAAUUUAAAGCAGUUGGCCCCGACGAGGAUAUGAAAGAUUUAAGAGAGAACAGAGUUUUAUCCACAGAAGCAAAAAAUAUUCUGUCUGACUUAGAACUUGACACUGACAAUAAUUCUGAUAAGGAAGAAGGUGAAAAAGUUAUUCCCAAGUCAAAACCCAAAGAAAUUAAAGUGAAGCAGUCAUCAAAGGGAACUCGGAGAAAGAGACCAUUCAGUGCAAAGCCACAAGCUUCACAACAGCCAAGCUAUCCUGUACAAAAGCAGAGACACUAUGACACUGAUGAAGUUAAGAAAUACAUGGCUAAACAAAUGGCUGAAAGAAAGAAAAAGUUGAAAGAAGACAGGCUAAUGAAACAAAGGGCUGUGGAAGAAAAAAAGAAGAAGCUUGAGGAACUGUACAGUAGACAGAAAAAAAAUCUUGGAAACAACCUUCAUCGUAAAGACAAGAAAUCUCUUGGGGAGACAUAUUCAAAAGGCCGCAGUGAUUUCAGAUCUAUUAUAUAUCCUUACAACCACCCUUUCCAACAAGAUGAAGUAGAGUGUUACGGUGAAGAUACCGAAGUCAGUGAGUCAGAUAAAGAGAAUCUCGACAUCGCCUCCUUCAAAGGUCUACCAAAUUAUUCCGCAUCCAGUGAGACACUUAGGAUGAACGGUAGAGAGCACCACAGCUUAUCUAGCUCAUCGUCUGUUUUGAGUGAAGAUGGCUCCAUUUCUCCAGAACCUGACAGAGAGAGGAAGAGUCCAGUGCCAGGUGUUUCUGGUGUCUCCAUUGGAACAAAGACCAUUGGUUUGAGACCAUCUGAUUAUGUUGGCCUCCCUCGAGGAAACCUACAACAUGAUGACUUGUUGACCACAGGUGAGUUGGAACCCCGCUCUUCUUCCAGCCCAAAUCAGACAGCUGACAGACACAGACCAGGGGUUGUGUCUUCAUCUGCAGGAAAGGAGGAGCAAAAGCUUUCAGGUAGUCCUCCCAGAGAGGAUAGAAUAGCAGCAAUAAAACAAACAGCUGCACAGCUCAAACAGCGACUGGCAACAGAAGCAUUACGACUUGGUCUAAAUCUGAACACCACUGUAUCUGAAGAAACAGCUGAGGAACGAGGGACCUGUACAACAACAGGAGAUUACACUGUGUUCAGGGGAGCCCUGCCAGGAGUGGGAAGUCUUCAUGAACAAGCUGAACUGAAUUUUGAAAUGCAUUCCAGGACAAAUGCUGCAACAACAAUCCAAGCAGCCUUUAGAGGCCACAGUGUCCGUCAAGGUCUCAACUGGAAACUUCCCUCUGGACGCACCCUGAGGUCGACUGUCAGGCAAGGGCUACAUCAGAGACCAGGAAAUUCAGUUGCUGGGACAUCAGAGUCCUCUCAUUACUCCACAGCCUGGGACACUGUUGUUCCUAAUGAGGACAAGAGUGUCAUAUCAGACAUCAGUGCCUCCUACAGCUCAGCAAGAUCCAUGGUGAAAUCACCAACUCAAAGCUCAAAAUCCCUGAAGGAAGAUAGAUCAUCAAGUGUUAAAAGCUCACCAAUACACGAAUCACAACGAAGAAAGCAUACAACAGGACACGGGCAGAGGGAGACAAAAGGGAAAAAGAAAUCAGCCACACCUCCAUGGAAAAGCAAAGGCGGUGACAGCUUAAGUGUCAUCAAUAUUUUUACCAGAAGAAAUCCCCACUUGAAAUUGCUUCCUAAAGAAGAUGAAAGUCUAAGGGAGCAUGGAUCUGAAACACAAAGUCUUCUUGAAGAGACACUAACAGAUGACAAGGUUAGGGAGACAGCUAGUCUGCUUGAGCCUCCUGCAGACCAAAAUCAGUCUGGAGACCUGUUGGAACAGACACUGGUGGAGGAAUCCCCUGAUAAGAGUCGUGCUCUUGAUGAUUAUGACGAUGAUGACUUUACUGGGUCCUUGGGUGACAGCACAAAGGGAGGAAGUGAAAAGCGCACCCCGAGCCCCAACAGAAAGACAGACGAGCCUGUGUAUUCAGAGACAUUCGAGAGUCCAGAGAACAAGACAAGCUCUCCUCAUAAGAACGAUGCUCUGCGAUCUCCUAACAGGAGUUUGGAAAGUGGUCCCCUAUCACCCACACUGUCAGAGGGAGAGUUGUCUCGUGUAAGUGAGGCAGCUGACAAAUCUCCAACCUUUUCGUCUACACGGAAUAUUCCUUUAUGUUACUUCAUGAAAUUAAAGAAACACAGCUUCGCUAAUCUACAAAUCUUGUCAACUGCCCCAGUUUACCCACCGCCAUCGGUGUUUGCGCCAUCACAUCAGGGGGGCGACCGUCUCUCACCUGGGUCUCUAGACAUGAGGCUCACAGCAGAACUGAACAGAUUGGAAUACAUGGAGGAAUCAGUACGACAACUGACUGACGUGGAGCGGACUCGUGCAGUGUCCAUGGCACAACAAGAAACUGUGUCUUUGGCCCAGAUACUCAAGUCUAAACAACUGUCGCAUGCCAGAGAUAUGGAGAAUCUAAGAGCCAGGGCUCGUGAAGAGGCGUUAGAGGCAGCCAAGCAACUGGAAGAGGCUCGACGGGCAGCGGCGGAUGCAGCCGCUGGAGCAGCUGAAACGAUUGCCCGAGUGAGGCUAGAGGCAGCUGCUAGCAUAUCAGAGUCUGCUGACCGGCUGGUUACGGUCCAGAGUGAAGCAGCAAGAACCACAGCCGAGUCAGCCAAACAAGUCGAGGAGGCCCGUUCAUCAGCCGCACGGACGUUAUUAGAGGUUGCUACGCAACAGACCGUUGACACACGCGGUGUGGCCGCUGAAGCAGCCAGUGCAGCCGCAGAAGCGGCCGUCAAGAGCAGCAUGUCGCGAUUUCACGAACAGCAAGAACAACUGUUGAGAGAGAGAGAAACACGUCUGAAAAGCUAUCGUGACAGAAGCCGUGACGUGACGCGUGACAGUUACUCCAGUUACUCAACCAGCCAGCGAAGCGAUAGCUAUUCUAGAACAAGGACUUCACGGUCAGGAACUGAUGCGGUAGACCGAGCAUCGCAAUCCAAGGGAAGUGCUAGUAAAAGUAGGACGAAUGUUGGAGAUGAUGUGGAUCUUUCAAGAAGUUCUGAGCGAGAUGGAACUGUAAGCGUUCGCAUAGCAGGUGAUCUAUCAGUGGACCGUUCCACUAGCCACAGCCGGCGCAUCCCUACCCGGUCAGAAGCUGCUUUGCGCUCGCAUCACUCAACUCUAGCGGGGGAGGAGUCGGGCAGCAUUCCUGAAGAAGUUGAUCACAGUGUGGCUGAUAGUGUUGUGUCUGAUGUUGGACUCGACUUGGCUGAUGAUGACUCCUUAGCUGACGUGUUGACGGGAGAUGACCUCAAAAAACCAUCUGAACGCUUAGAAAGGUCACCGGAAGAAGACUACACGCUGAACUUCGAAGAGUCAGUGAUGUCAUCACACACUGCAACAGAUGACGAGAUUGACUUCCGAAUGAUACUUCCAUCUGAAAGCCACAGACGGAGGAGCCUGGGUAAGACAGGAAGGCGGGGCAGCUUAGGUUCUGACCAGGGGACUGUAUCCUACUCGUCUGACGAUAACCAUGACUCUCAGGAUUUUCCAGUUGAUAAGAUGUUGGAGGAAUUUUCUUCGGCGCCUUUUUCCGGUGAAGAUUCAUUCUCUCAGUUCACGUCCGAAAUGGUCCGUUUGAUGAAAGAGGAAGAAGUUCGAGCCAAACAUCAAGCUGGGCUUCUACGCCUGCGCGAAAAAGCCCUGAAGGAAAAGACACGAGCCGAGAUGGCCUGGCUCGAAUGUCAGAAGCAAAGGCAUCGAGACAAGGGCGCCGAUGACGUCAUGCCGUCAAUUAGAAAGCGGCAGCGAGGAGUUUUAAUGAGACUUCAAGCUGAACAGGCGGAGAUUAAGCGCCUGAAAGCUGCGAAUCGCGCAGCCAGCUACGAACGGCGUUUGUUGUUGAUGCAGCAGGAGGAGAUCGCAAGACUGAGAAAAAACACCAAGAAAGUCCGAGAGAGGGCUGCUACUGAACAGGCGGCGCACGCACAGGAACGGAGUGAUAAUCUUAAAACUGGAGAAAAGGACUCUGCAGAGCAGGCGAAGAGCGAGGCUGAAUCGACUGAGAUAGUCGAGGAGUUGGAUGACAAACCCGCGGAUCAUUCCACUGGCAGUCGCUCAUCCGUCUCCGAAGACAUCAAAACUGCUUCACCUUCGGCCUCCGCUGCGGCGAGUAUCGCUGAAGAAAUCCCUAGCCACCAGUCUCCAGGAGCUAGUCGGGCCGAGUCUCGUCCUUCCAGUGCUGAGUCUGGUACCAGCGAGAGGAAAAGAAGAUUAUCAGAGGGUGACAGCGAUGAAGGCUCAGCUAAGGAGGGGACUGUGUCCGCCACAAAAGGGUCACCAACAGCUUCAGAUUCUACUGUUAUGCAGAAGUUGAAAAAGUUAAAACAUCAAUCCAGCGAGAGGUAUCUAACUCUGCGAGAGCAGAAGCUUAUGAAACGAAGGAAAGAGGCUGAAAAUCUUUUGGAGAACAAGAAGAAACUUUUGGAAUGGGAAAAGCGACUUGACAAAGAAGAAAGUCUUGUAAGGAACCUGCUUAACGAAGCUCUAAACCUUGAAAGCUCCAGGAAGCAGACAAGGACAACAAGUAUAACAAGCGAAGAAGAAGAACAUAAAGAUCGCAGUGGUAGAGAAUCCUCUGGCAGCCUGUCAGUAUCCAGAACUCCUUCGAAUAAAGUCAACACCAAAGAUAGAUCCACGCAAGGAACUGACAGCAUCAGUGAGUCCAUCAAGGCGGCCCGUUCGCAUGGCCCCGAGCAUAGUGCCAGUGAGAGUUCAGUUGCUGAGGAACUGAGUAUUCCCGCACGUGACAGGUCACAUGAUCAGUCAGAGAGGUCACGUGACAGUUCCAUUCCUGAGGUGGAUAUGAAGACUCGGUCCCAGGCUAGUAGCUCAAUUCGCGAGGAAAUUCCAGAAGAGUACGUCAACGAUACGUUCGAAUCGCUAGAUAGCAGUGCGACUCCUGCGCACUCCACCCCCGUGCGGAGCGAUUUGACGCUGAAGCGAGACACGUCCCCGGCUCUAAGCAGGCGAUCAUCAACAGGGGAGGGUAGCAAAAGUGAGGAGGACACCUCUGUGACGGAAACCUCGGACCACAGCGACAUUGAGUCUCGUGUUCGCCGCCUGAGAGACCAACUUGAAGUACGCAAGCGCGAGGUUAAGCGCUUGUACAAUGAAAGGAAAAAGCAAAGAAAAGCUAUGUUGCGGGCUCAAGAAGCCAGCUUAAGGCAGGAAUUACAGGCUGUGGAAAUGGUAAUCUCAAGGACAAAAGCCGAACUCAAUCGACCUCAAACGGAUUCAAAACGACCAGAGUCUAGCUCUUCUGACCAACACCCAACGAGCGCCAAAAACGAUUCCAGUGCCCGUGAAGUCAGGUACCAUCUUUCUCGAACGUCAGAUGUGGGCGGAAGUCGCAAGGUAACCGCACCGGACAAGCCUGUGACAGUAUCUGUUAGGAGUGAGCCGGCAGGGGAGAGAGUUUUAAGUGCUGUGGAUGCGGAAGUUAAAAGUCGAGGUGAUCGAACAAUUUGUGAUGUUCCCAGCUUAAAAGAAAAAGACGAGGAGUAUUCUUCUGUCAGUGAGAUUAAGACAGGAAAGAGAAAUGAUUUGUCAUCAGGGAAAGGCGAAACACUCUUGGAUAAAAGAGAAGACCUUAAUUUUACCGACAGAACUCGAACCCCCGACGAAACUCUUUCGGAAAAUCUUCGGGGAUCGGCCAACAGUGAACGCGAAACGUCGGUUAGAGAUGCUGACGAUUCCCGAGAAGAAAUCAAAGACGAGGCGAGGACGGCCGAAGAUGUUUCCAUAAGCGAGGACAUCGAAGUUCAAACACCGUCCAAGGCAUCUCACUCUGAGGGGUCAGAACAUAGCUCUCGAGGAUCUAGUCAAUCUCAGUCAGUUAGUCGUCAGAAAGAAUCGGAUAAUGAUCGCAAGGUUUCGUUAAGGGAGCGGUCCGAGGUAGACGUAAAUAUCACUGAUGAAGCGAGGACAGCGGAAAAUACAUCGUUGAGCGAAGAAAACGAAGUUGUUAAAAGGUCCAGAUCCUCUCACUCUGGGAGCCACUCCACUUAUGAACUUAAAGAGUCGAAGAACACCGAUCGUUCAGAACAGUCAGGUAUCGUCAGCGGGCGAAAAUCGAUUGUUUCCGACGGAUCGAAGUCUUCCAGACGUUCAAAAUCCCCCGCUUUGUCGGAGAAAUUGCCGAGUCUUCAACACGUGUACAGUUCGUCUUUUGAGAGUGUUCAGAGUGAAGUGGACAAAACCGAAGACGAUAUCAGUGAGCAUAUCAGUGUUGAGGAAGACGGAAAAAGUAGCGACAAGUCUGAAAGGCAAGAUGGCGUCCCAGAUGAGCCAUCUACGCGUCCUGAUCAGUUUUCAUUAAAAGGUGAAGGUGGGAUAAAAGACCUUUCUGAAGUACCUGAGGAUAUUUCUAGCACCAAGUAUGAAAAAUCUGAAGUGGAAGUGAUACCAAAAUCUACAUCACUUUCUGCUAAAAGUAGUAGCCCCGUGUCUGAAAAGACGGGACAGUCGUUAAAAGGAGAAAAAGAUUUACUAAGACCGGAGGAAAACAAAAGCGGACUUCUUUCCUACACCGAUGACUUUGAGCCUUCUGCGAUCGACGAAACUGACGAAGGAAAACCUCGUGGUUCCUACACUCCAGAUUUCGAACCAUCCGAGUCGAACUUUCCAGUAGAGGAUGACAGAACUUCUCAGGAAAAAGAAGAAAUCGACGACUUCAGUUCUCCCUCGAAGGAAAGGGAACUUUCUGAAGUAAUUGAAGUGGAUGACAGUAAAUCACCUCAGGAAGAGCAAGCUCAGAAACCUCCUAAAAUUCCAAUUCUCGAAUUAGAGCAAGCUACCGACGAAGAAAGCAUUGCAGAAGAACUGAGUGAAAACAUAGAAGGCCUUGAAGAAAUAAGCAAAGACAAUGAUAGUGGGUCCUUAUUUGAGGAAAGUGACUUAAAAAAUGAGCAGGGAAGUCUGCGGAGACAGGUUGAGCACGAAUCCGUUGAUGAGAAGGAGAAAAUCGACGACGAAGUAUCGCCUGGUGUGCUGCUAAAAAGUAAGCAGUCGCCAGAAUCCCGAAGCCGUGAAUCUGAUCAACAAACUGCUGACAGAAUCUCUCAGGACUUGUCUUCGAUGUUACUGAAAGAGUCUGUGAACUUCGCGACAAGAGUGUUCGAUAAACGUCGCCAUGUCUACCAAGAUUUACCGAAACAGGCGGCAAAAGAUGGUGCAUCUGUUGAGGAUGGAAAAGAUGGUGUAUCAAGAUCAUUAGCAGAAACAUCCGAAACAGACGAGAUAUCUGAACAAUUAUCCGCCAUCCAGCCGAACGAAAGUUUGGAUUCUGGACCGGACCAUAGGAAAAGGGAGAAAAAAGAUUUGGCUCCCUCUCCCACUGAACAGCGCCAGCAGGUAUCACCAGAACAAAAGAGUGACGACAUCGUGAAUAAACUGUCAGACGCACUGCUUAAGGAGGCUGCCGCGCAAAUGAUUGCAAUUAUGCAAUCUCGUCAAGAAAAGUUUUCCAAGACCAAGGCUGAAAACACCGCUGACUUAAGUACUUCCCCCAGGGAAGCAACAGAAGAUGAACCUCAUUCGGCUGAAGAGAGUCCUCUUUCGUCGCCCAGAAGCAAUCGAUUUAUGGCCGUCCAACAUUUUCAGGACGGAUUACUGAAGUACACUGAGGACACCUCGCCACCUCCAGGAAGUCCCACAAGUGAGCAGCAGUCUUCAAUCAACGAGAGAGAAUUGACAGAUAAGCUUGAUCAGUUAAGACGUUUACACGAGCAUCUGGAGGGUGCGCGGGGCGAAGGUGAUGAUGAACGCUCAGAAUUUAAAGUUAACACCAAUGCUCUCAUGGAAUUUCCCACUGAGGACGAAGAUGAAGAAGAGGAGGAGACAUUCAGGCGUUCUAGAGGAGCUUCGUUUCUUUUCUCCGUCCCUCAUCGUCUUAGUGAAGUCAGCCGAUUGGUGGCUUCCUCUCUUUCUGUUUUCUUCGAACGUAAGAGAAGAGGACUGCCGUUAGAUAACAUAACACCCCCAUCGGAAAUCAUCGGCGUCGACGAAGCGGACGACGACCUCGAAGCCAAUAGUAAACGAGUUUACCGACGAUUAGUGUUCGAUUUGACAGGCAAUCUGCUCAAAGACCUCUUAUCUGAGGAGACUUCCGCGAGGCGGCCAGCUUGGAUGAAAGCGAAACCGCGACGAAAACGCCGUCUGCAUCGCAGUCUGCAACCACUUGUCCACGAAGAAGACUUUCUCCCUGUUGUGCAGCAACAAGUUUUGAAUUUAGUCGGUUUGGGUGACGCAAGGCCUUCUCUCGACCGUGUUCGUCGGAAGACGCCUCUGAAGGUAGGAAAGAAGGAUUUCGUUGACGCCAUCCUGAUCCAGGAGCUUCGAGAAGAGGAGCCACUGUGGGUAGAUUACGAUGACGAUGAACUUGCUGUGAAGUUCCAAGUGGCAGAUGCUAUUUUCGAAUCUCUGUUAUCUGAAACUGUGAUGGUGGUAAAUGCUGUGCAGUUAAGGCGAGAGGCAAGGGCUGAGUUGGCGCACAGCUGACGAAGCCAUAUGUUCUGAUGUCUUUAAAGUACUUCCUGAAAUUACAAUUGCAGUCGGUCACGCAUUGACUUUGGUGAAAUAAUGGUACUCUGCGAGCAGACUUGCAUUUUAAAUGGAUGGGAAAUAUGCAAGGGAGUGUGCGGAUAAACGGUAGCGGGCUGAACUCCAAGCCGGAGACUGUUUUUGGACUAAAAUAUUUGAUGGAGUAGUAUCAGUACAACAGUCCUUUUGAAAAAACCGCUUCCAUAAUUAGCCUUCCUCUCCUUUUAGACAUGAGAUCAAUUAUAUUUGACUCUAAAAACACAACUGAAAAAUUAGAACAGAAUGAGUGGAAUCCAAGUGUUCGAUUUAGAGAGGUGUACGUUCUUUAAAGAUGUCCAUCAAGAGGGAAUAUGGAAGGAAGAAGAGUCCUUCCUGUCGUAUGACUGAUUGAUUUUUCUUCUAGUCAUUAACACCGUGUUCAUCUGAUAAAAAUUACGAAACAGGAAAGCAAAGACAUGUCUUCCUUACUACUAAAUUUUGCCGAUGGGAAGGGUUGAAAUGCUGUCGUGUUAUGACUAAGAAUGAACGAGAGCAUGUUACGACCACGCAUAAUUUCCCUUGUCCUCCAAAUUUACCCUCAUAUGAAUCUAGAGUGGAGAAGUAAGGUGAAGGUUGGUUUUCUUAUUCUAGAUCAGCCUGUUUAGCCAUAGUUUCAUUUCUUCUACCAAAAGUUUAUUUUUGCUCUGUUGGAAAAUAGUGAGUAGAAACACAAAUUUUGACAAAUUUUUGUUUUUGCAAUUGUGUAUAAAAAUUAUGAAUUGGCAUCGUGUUGUCCCAACAUUGUAAUUUAGAAUUCAAGAUUGCUUUGCUGCAACUGUACAUAAGAGAGCUUUUACUUUAUUUUUGUUUCAAAUGUGCUAUGCCUUUGUUGAAUAAAAACACCUGAAAAUUGC